UGCAACAAAUGUGUAAAUGGUUGCCGGGCAACGCAGUUACGAGAGCUCGCAAAUGUUCCCAGUGUUAACCGAGUUUGUCUUGAAGGAAAAAAGGAAUAAUAGCAAUAUUUAUGAACAAAUUAAAUUAUCGUUAAUAUUAUUAAAAAGCAGUUAAAAUGUCAGCAGCCUCGAUAACAGCUGGAGUUGUUCAGUACGGGCGGAGAAAGGGAUCCGGUAAACAAGGUAUGAAAUCAGAUAUGGAGAAAAUAGAAGCAAAUCGACCUCCAGACCUUCGUCAAGUGGCCAUUUUAUCCAAUUCGGAUUGGUUGCGGAUUCAGGACAGUGUGAAUGGAGUGAAUAAACACAAUCAGAGUUUAAUCGAAGCACGAGAAGAGAGGGAGGCGCUGCACGUGCGCUCUAAAGAAGUGGUCAAACACUGGUCGAACACCAUCGCUGGACAACGGCAGAAAAAGCUAGAGGCAAAAAAGAUUCGAGAGGAGAUUGAAGAAGAGGAGAGGAAGCUGAUCGAUAUGGAAGAAGCAAACUAUCAGGCUCAAAUACGAAAGGAGGCCAUCGAGAAGGCAAAAACCCAGCAGUACUACCAGACCGACAGAGUGAAAGAAUUCCAUCGUGCUCUACUGCUGGCAGAGGUUCUGAAGGAAAGAGAGGCUCAGAUUGACCUCAAGCACAGACAACAGAAAGCCAGUAAAGACGUUGAUAAAGAUAUUUUAGCGGUGAUGGCGAACAGAGAUGAACAGGCUCUACAGGAGGAACAACAGAAAUCCCUGCAGAGAAAACAAGAACAACUGGCUGUCGCUGAGAGUUUAAAACAACAGAUUAAGAAUCAUGAAGUGAAGAAGGAACAGGAGAAGCAGGAGGUGAGAAAGGAGGCUUCAGAAAUUGAGCGACUCCGACAGCUUCGUCUUUGGGAACGGGCCACGACCGAGCAAAAGAAAGAAGAGGAGAAGAGAAAAAUGAUGAAGGCUCAUCGCGAACACCUGGCCAACAGAGAAGCCAUACGAGCCGCCGAGACCCAGAGACAAGAGGACGAGGAGAAGAAACAGGAACAACUCACCAGCCAUAAAAAAACUCUGAUGAAACUGAGGAAAGAAAAACAGGAGGAGAUGUAUAGAGAGCUUCAGAAACACAGAGAAACCAUUAUUGAGAAAUUAGCUGCACUGAAGCAGGAAAAAACCAACAAUGAAGACGAGAGAAUUGCCAAGGCGGUCGCCGAGCGUGAGGCCAGACAGAUCCGAGAACAGCAAAAGAAAGAGGCCAAACACACAGCCAUGUUGAACUCCAUCACUGCACACAGAGAUAUCACAAAGCAGGAACAGGAGAGAAAAGCAGAGGAGGAGAGACAGAAAGAGCUGGAGAUUCUCAUCGCGAAGAGGGAAGCGGAUCGAAUCUUCAUGGAAAAGCAAGAACUUAAAGCUCAAAAGGCUCGAGAAGAUGGAAAAGCAUUACAGGACACGUACAUACUUGACAUGGCUGAAAAACGUGCAAGGAAUCAUCACACGAGAAAGGAAGAGCAGAACUUUGCGGUGAAGAACAAAGCUCUCGUCAUUGAGGAGGAACUUGAGUUUCAGAGAUAUGCCAAACAUGUGAUCGAAACAGCAGAGAAGGCUGGAAGAAACACCUUCCCCCUUUCAAAGGCUUCCAAAGAGGGCAUUGGUGGGGGUCUGGGGCCCGUAUUCGGUGGGCUUAGACCGAGUUAUCUAGUCCAUGAUGAGUCAGAUGUUCAGAUGCCCAAAUAUGUGAGCAACACCACUCAAAACAUAAAAGAGUUGAAUGAGACUACUAACAUUCAUCAGGCCAAGAAAAGGUUAGGAUUUACCUGGUAAUACAGCAUCCAGUUACGUGUCACUGCAAUAAUACAUGUUUCAUGUCAAAUAAAUGGCAUUGGUUGCAUUAU